GGCAAGGAGGUGCACAAACAAGAUAUGUUUUACCAAUGAGAGGGCUGUACAUGCAGCAGUUCAGACGGUGCAUUCAACGACAGCAUGCACAGUCCGGUAACGGGAUAGUGAGUAUGCGGCUGGCGAGACUGGGUUGGGAUGUCUACUCGCCAUCCAUAUAAAACCAAUGCGGAGACUUGCUGUUUACAGUCAGCUCAGAAUUGUACGGAUGAUGACAAUAAGUAGCUAACAUUGUGACAGUAUAGUGAUUGGAAUGCAAUCAAAUUGUUGGACAUUUGUUCAUCAGUGGAAUUCAAUAGGCUUAACUAGCUAAAAAUAGCGGUCGGCUAUUUCCACUUAUAUUUUCUUAACCACGGGACACUGACCAAAUAUUAAAAUGGUCAUCAUUACAAAGAAAUUGAAGACCUUUGAGGUCGUUUUCCAUGAUCCUACUAAGGCUUUCUACUCCAGUGGUGACAAGGUAGCCGGGAAUAUUGUGGUUGAGGUGUCCGAGGUGACCAAGGUGUCCGCUAUGAGAGUGUUUGGAAUUGGAUGCGCAAAAGUGGAGUACGCGAAAGGAAAGCACAGAUGCCGUGAAGACAUUGAAUAUCUGAAAUACGAAGAUACCGUUUAUCUGGACCACCAGCCUAGAGAUUCCAAUGGCUCAGUCACUCUCAGACCAGGGAACAGAUAUGAGUACAUGUUUGGCUUUGAGCUGCCACAUCCUGGGCAACUGGUGUCGUCCUACAAGGGGAAGUUUGGCUGUGUCCAGUAUUAUGUCAGGGCUGUGAUGGAGAGGCCUUCCCAGCCUGCCUUGCAGUGCGAGAAACACUUUGAGGUGGAGGAGCCCUUGGACAUCAACACCCCUGACCUCCUGGCUCCAGCUGCAGGUACGAAGGAGAAGAAGCUCACCUGCAUGUUCAUCCCAGAUGGACAUGUGUCCAUCAGUGCCAAGAUUGACCGCAAGGGCUUCUGCGAGGGCGAGGACAUCUGCAUCAAUGCAAAGUUUGAAAACACUUGCUCACGUAUCGUGGUGCCCAAGGCAGCCAUCAUGGUCAAGCACACCUACCAGGCCAAUGGCAGGACCAAGGUCCUGGGGCAGAAGCUCUCAGUCGUGAGGGGCAACCAUAUCAUCUCGGGCAUGUGUGACAUGUGGCAGAGCAAGACCAUCCGAGUGCCUAGGCUCAAGCCCUCACUCCUGGGGUGCGACAUCAUUCACGUGGACUAUGCCCUCAGGAUCUAUGUCCACAUUCCCGGCAGUGACAAGGUGGUCCUAGAGUUGCCCCUGGUCAUCGGGAACAUCCCCUUCAAUGGCUUUGGCAGCCGCACCAACAGCAUGAGCAGCCAGACAGAGUCCCUGAACACCCCCUUCAGUAGCUUUGGGUCACUGUGCCUCCCGUCACAACCCCCCAGCUACAGCAACAUCUCCCGCGACUGCCGUAUCGACUCCGCCCUCACACCUCUGCUGGUCAACUACGACGCAGAUGAGGAUGAAGGACUGUUCAUGCGCGUCCCCGAGCUUUGGUACCCUCCUCCCCCUGCCUACACCGAGGUUGACGAGGAUCUCAAACAGCAAUGGCCAUGUUCUUCGGGUCUGCUGAACCGCGAGUAAGAGUUGCAAUUAAUCCCCGUUGUAGUCUAAGCACUGGUGGUUAGCCUUAGUGAGAUCGGGGAACGGACUGGUGACUGGUUAAAGAGCAGCACAGCUGUGAAGCAGAAAGAGUGUGGGACCCUAGCCCCGAAGACUCUUUCAAGGAACAGAACUGAGAUGUGGACUUGAGAAUCAAGUUGAAGUGAAACUUAUCAGGUUGAAUGAGUAUGGAUUGUAGAUGUUGGUGUCCACUCCACAUUCACUAUCACCAUUGCAGUCUUCAGAAACUGAUCGUUCUACAGUUGAAGUCGGAAGUUUACAUACACUUAGGUUGGAGUCAUUAAAACUAGUUUUUCAACCAUUCCACAAAUGUAUUAUUAAGAAACUAGUUUUGGCAAGUUAGUUAGGACAUCUACUUUGUGCAUGACACAAGUCAUUUUCCAACAAUUGUUCAGAGACAGAUUAUUUCACUUAUCAUUCACUGUAUCACAAUUCCAGUGGGCCAGAGGUUUACAUACACUAAGUUGACUGUGCCUUUAAACAGCUUGGAAAAUUCCAGAAAAUUAUGUCAUGGCUUUAGAAGCUUCUGGUAGGCUAAUUGACAUCAUUUGAGUCAAUUGGAGGUGUACCUGUGGCUGUAUUUCAAGCCUACCUUCAAACGCAGUGCCUCUUUGCUUGGCAUCAUGGGAAAAUCAGAAGAAAUCAUCCAAGAUCAAAGAAAAAAAAAUUGUAGACCUCCACAAGUCUAGUUCAUCCUUGGGAGCAAUUUCCAAACGCCUGAAUGUACCACGUUCAUCUGUACAAACAAUAGUACGCAAGUAUAAACACCAUGGGACCACACAGCCGCCAUACCGCUCAGGAAGGAGACACGUUCUGUCUCCUAGAGAUGAACAUACUUUGGUGCGAAAAGUGCAAAUCAAUUCCAGAACAGCAAAGGACCUUGUGAAGAUGCUGGAGGAAACGUGUACAAAAGUAUCUAUCCACAGUAAAACGAGUCCUAUAUCGACAUAACCUGAAAGCCCUCUCAGCAAGGAAGAAGCCACUGCUCCAAAACCGCCAUAAAAAAAGCCAGACUACGGUUUGUAACUGCACAUGUUGACAAAGAUCAUACUAUUUGGAGAAAUGUCCCCUGGUCUGACAAAAAUAGAACUGUUUGGCCAUAAUGACGAUCGUAUAUGUUUGGAGGAAAAAGGGGGAGGCUUGCAAGCCGAAGAACAAUAUCCCAACAGUGAAGCAAGGGGGUGGCAGCAUCAUGUUGUGGAGGUGCUUUGCUGCAGGAGGGACAGGUGCACUUCACAAAAUAGAUGGCAUCAUGAGGGAGGAAAAUUAUGUGGAAAUAUAUGAGGCAACAUUUCAAGACAUCAGUCAGGAAGUUAAAACUUGGUCACAAAUGGGUCUUCCAAAUGGACAAUGACCCCAAGCAUACUUGCAAAGUUGUGGCAAAAUGGCUUAAGGACAACAAAGUUGAGGUAUUGCAGUGACCAUCACAAAGCCCAGACCUCAAUCCUAUAGAAAAUGUGUGGGCAGAACUGAAAAAGCAUGUGCAAGCAAGGAGGCCUACAAACGUGACUCAGUUACACCAGCCCUGUCAGGAGGAAUGGGCCAAAAUUCACCCAAUUUAUUGUGUGAAGCUUGUGGAAGGCUACCCGAAACAUUUGACCCAAGUUCAACAAUUUAAAGGCGAUGCUACCAAAUACUAAUUGAGUGUAUUUAAACUUCUGACCCUCUGGGAAUGUGAUGAAAGAAAUAAAAGCUUAAAUAAAUAAUUAUCUACUAUUAUUCUGACAUUUCACAUUCUUAAAAUAAAGUGGUGAUCCUAACUGACGUAUAACUGAAUUUUUACUAGGAUUACAUGUCAGGAAUUGUGAAAAACUUGAGUUUAAAUGCAUUUGGCAGAGGUGUAUGUAAACUUCC